AUGUAUGACGGUGUGUUGGACAUCGCCCUGCCGCCCGAUGCGGAGAUCCUGGGGUAUGCCGACAACCUGGUGCUGCUGGUCCCAGGCAUAACCCCAGACACCGUGAAAGCUGCUGCGAAAUUGGCGCCGGCGAAAACGGAAAUGGUCGUUAUUUCCAGCACCAAAGCCCCGACGCAGAUCACCUUCCGAGUAGGCGACGUGGACGUCACCUCGUCCCGCUCGAUCCGCUAUCUCGGCGUGACCCUCCAAGACAAGCUGUCGUGGCUGCCGCAUGUCAAGGAGGUCACCGAGAGGGCUGGGAAGAUCGCCGACGCCACAUCCAGGCUGCUGCGAAACCAUAGCGGACCAAGGGCGUCGAAAGCGAAGCUGCUAGCUUCGGUGUCCGAGUCCGUUAUGCGUUAUGCAGCACCAGUUUGGUGCAACGAGCUGCGGAAACGCGAGCCCGGCCGCUAG